AUUCAGAUAAAUGUGCUAGUAACCCAUUUUCGUAAUUUUCCCACACCUGACACUUGUUAUAAAUAGACACAAACAACCUUCGAUCUUUAUAAAUUAUCAUUUACUUCAAUAGCAAAGGUUUGAACACUAUGAGCUCUAAUCGAGGUUCCGGUAGUCGCAAUCUUAGAAGAAACGCGUUGGAGUUCGGGAGGACUUUUGUGGUGAUGCCCAAAGGAACUCACAAAGCAACUAUUGUUUGGUUGCAUGGCAUUGGAGAGAAGGGUUCAAGUUGGACUCAAAUCUUGGAAACUCUGCCACUUCCCAAUAUCAAAUGGAUCUGCCCGAGUGCACCAACUCGUCUAGUAACUCUAUUUGGUGGAUAUCCUUGCACUGCUUGGUUUAAUAUGGAAAGCAUGUCGGAAGAUGCGUGUGAUGAUUUGGAGGGCUUAGAUGCUUCUGCAACACAUGUUGCAAAUCUCUUGAUUAGUGAGCCAGAUGAUGUUAAACUAGGGGUUGCAGGCUUCAGUAUGGGUGCAGCUGUCGCUCUCUACUCGGCAACAUGUCGAGCUCUUGGGCAAUAUGGGAAUGGAAACCGAUACCCCAUCAACCUUAGUGCUGCUGUGGCUCUUAGUGGCUGGCUCCCAUGUUCCAGGAAUUUAAGGAACAGAGUGGGAUUAUCACAAGAAGCUUUAAGGCGUGCAUCAUCACUACCUAUUUUGCUUUGUCAUGGAAAAGUUGAUGAUGUCGUAGAGUACAAACUUGGAGAGAAAUCUGCACAAACCAUGUAUUCUGCUGGAUUUCAGAGCGUAACAUUUCGAACAUAUAAUGCGCUUGGUCAUUACACAAUCAUGGAAGAGAUCAAUGACGUUUGCAACUGGCUCAUUGCAUGCUUAGGGGCUUGAUUAAUAACAUUUCUUUCCAUUUUCUCCAUUGUGGAUUUAUGGACAUUUCCGGGUUGGGGUUGGUUGGGGUUGGUUGGGAUUGGGGUAUAAUAGAUAGCAUAUAAUUAACUAUAUAUGUAGCAUAAGAACAAGUUUAUUGUAUUAAAACUCAAUAAAGUUGGUAUCCUUGCAAGCAUUUGCAAAGAUUUAUCAGCUUUCUAAGUUGGAAUAUUUGUCUUUUUUACAUUUUAAGAUAUUGAAAAGAAGUGAAGGUGACAUUAAUUUAUAUA